UCGCGUGGCCGAGGCGGCGGGCGCGAGUCGGCGAGAGAGCGGCUAGUAGAAAGAGUCAGUGCUGCGCGGGCUUCCGUGGCGCGAGGACGUGACGGAUGUGAUGUCAUCUUCGUGUGCGGUGGCGCGGGACAUUGAGUGGUGCAUGCGUGCGCGCCUACCUGGCCGCCCGCGUGCGUGCCCGCGUGCCGUCGUCGCGUGUCCGCCGUUGAAUCUCGAGUUCUCUCUCCGCGAUUUUCUUUCCCUUUCUUCCUUCCUUUCUUCAUCUUGUUUCCCGCUCGACCCGCCUAACCCUUCUCACCCCCGGCGCUCAUUGUUAUCGAUUUUCGCUCCGAGUGCGUGCGUGCGUGCGUGUUGCCGUACACCGUCGCGGAAAACUUGAGAAAACUUUCGCACGGUGAAACCGCCGUGCGCGCGCUCACCCCGUGCUCGACGUUCGGCUUUGCACCCCGUUCGCACUCUCUUUCCGCCGUUCUUCUGCCUCUCCCUCUAGUUCUGCCCGACGCGCCGGACGGAUCGGCCGGACAGCGGUGCCCCGCGAUUAUGCGCCCGCUCAAGAGGCCUCGGCAACCACCGACAACAUAAGCCGGCCCCAUAGAUCUUGUCAAGACCCAAAACACCACGGGAACGACCGGCAGUGAGAUAAACUGUAAGAAUCUGCCGGGAAUAAUUGACGCGCCGUCUGAUCGAUCGUACGAAAUAACACGAAAUGCUCUUCGUUUCCACUUCAGUCAAUCGACGAAGUACGUAGGAAACGAAUAAAUUAAUUAGGCACGAUAGAUAUGUUUCUAACGAGAGUUAACGUUAAGAGAUAUUUAAGCGUCGUGUGCUCGACAUCAUUUGUUUGCCAAAAAAGAAAAGAAGUGUCCAACUGAAGGGACGAGCUAAUUACUACUCGUGCCUCCUUUCGGAUCGAUCUCCUCGAUCGAUCGACUGCGAUCGAAGGCCCAUUAUCCCCGGCAAUUCUCAGUUUAUAGACGCGCAUAAAGACGGCAUAAAGACGACGACGAAGGGGUAAGCGUCGCAUCGCGUCGCGUCGCCAGCACCCUCGCGACGGGGCGACGCGUUAACCGGAAAUCAUGCGUCUCCUGGUGGACGCCGGCGCCGAUACCGAUCCCGCACGCAGCAUCGAGGAUGACUCGCUGGAUAGCGAUGUUGGCUCGCGCGGAUCUCGGCAGUGCAGCAGCGGAUGCAGCGGCAACGGUAGCAACGGUAGCAGCGACAGCGCUAGCGACGGGAUUCGCGACGGCGGCGGCUACGCCUGCGGCUACGGUCGCGGCAACGGCAACGGCAGCGAUAACGGCGCCAGCGACGAUUUCUGGGCAUGUACGUCUUCUACCCGGCGGACGAGCUCCUGCGUAUCUAUGAGAAUCCGAUUCGAGAGUCCGUGUCACUGACUGUCAACGACGCAGCUGUGAACGCCGGUUACGAGGAGACCGAUCACUAUUAUCAGCAGCAAUCGCAGCAGCAAACGCAGCAGCAAUCGCAGCAGCAAUCGCAGCAGCAACGGGUCGUCGUCGCGAACGACAACGGCCACAGGCGCAAGAAGGAGAAGAAGGAGAAGAAACGAGAAUCUAGUCAGACACCGGCCAGAAGACAGAACUGCGCCGGUCGUAACGGCGGCGGUGGUGGUGGUGACAAUUUCAGUAAGAAAGGACGACGCGAGGAACACCACGCCGGGACUAUGCAAAAUAAUCGUGCCGCCGGCGAAGAGGCCGCCAACCCCCUCAAAGACCUCACGCAGCCGAGUCUCAACGAGCCGCUCAAGCAGCACAAUGGCGUUUCGCUUAAGCUCGUGCAGACGGUCUCCGAGUUCGCCCAGGAGUUGGGCGCCGCGAUGGAGAGCCACUCGGCGAAUGUGCGACGUCUGGUCGACGAAUUUCGCAGUCGAUCGGGCGACUCGCGAAUCGAUAUCGGUGGCAUGCGACGCGUUUGGGAGAACCUGUUACGGCAGGUCGAGGCGGACGCGGUCUCUCACCUCGACCUGGCCGCGGUCCUGCAGCAACAAUUGUCCAGGCCGACAUUAGAAGCGAGCUUUCAUCGGAAGCUGCAGUCGCGAAAGGUAUUCGCUCAUCGCGAUGCAUACGAGCAAGUGGUUAGCAAGACGGAGGAGAAGUUGCAGCGCGCCAGAUUGGAUUACAAGCGCGCCUACGCCGCGUUGCUAACCAACGACGGCGGCGGCGCCGCCGAGCAGGAAUUGAAGCGUGCUUACUUGGAGUCGCACAACGCCUACAUCCUGCAGCUACGCGCCACCAAUGCUAUUACCGAGCGCUAUCAGUUCCAUUGUCUACCGGGGUUGCUCGGUGAGAUUGCGGAGGUCUACGAGGAACUUUGCGGAUUGGCCUGCAAAUGCGUCGCCGGGAUCUCGGAGGCGGCCGGAGAACGCGCCGGCGAACAGACCAAACGUUAUCAAGCUGUGGCAAAGGAAGCGCAAGCGGUUAUGCCAUCCAACGAUUUGCAGGCAUUAGCGCGGAACUUGUCUGCGAACACGACGCCACGGAAGCCGCCGCGGCGCUUGUACGUCGCGCCGGCACCACCCGAGCAGGUACCGAUGGAGAAAAUCAGUCAGAUACCCACGCUCAGGGACGAACUGGUACCAACGGGCACCAGCACGCUCCCGCUCAUGGAGGAUCUACGACACGAAUAUGACAGCCUCACCCAGGAGAUAGGUCGUCUGCAGGAUGCUCUAGACGCUCUGGUGCGAAUGCAGCGCAAAAGCGCCGAAAGUAAUCUCUACACAAAGGUGGCCGAGCUACAGGAAGAUAUUUCACUAAAGCGCUUCGAUCUCGGUGUGGCGCAACUGCGUUUAGCCGCGGUGCAGGCACAGAAGGAGCUGUUCGGCGGUGGAGAGGCUGGUCAACCGGACGGGGUAGCCAGUAGGAAGAUGUCAAACGGCUCGACCGGAAGUCCCAAGCUCAAAUGGCUGAAAGCGUUCAAGAGCCUGAAAACCAGCUCCCCCACCACGCCACCGCUGUCCGAAAAAGGAAAGCAGGCGACCAUAUACCACGCAGUUUCCACCGUCGUCGCGAUGUCCAGGAAGAGCCUAGAGUCCGAGGGCGGGCAUACCUGGCGCGAGUACACCUACCGCAAGAUCACACCGUGCGACGCGUGCGGCCAGGUGCUGCGCGGCCACAGCCGUCAGGGCGUCCGGUGCCGCGGCUGCAAGGCCAACGCGCACACGGACUGCACGAACAUGGUGCAGCCGGCUCUGUGCCCGAGCCUGGCGCCGAAGAAGAGCGGCGGCAUACCGUUGCUGAGGCGACAAAAGACCCAGGUAGCCGAUGAGGUGCCGCCGGCGUCCGAGCACAACGUGGACGCCAUAUACCAGGUGCUGAAGCAGGCAGGCGAGAUCCGGGGAAACUCGACAAACUCACCACCUACGCCUCCCACAGCAGAACAUCCCUCCUCCGGUGCAGCACCUUCGUCAGCGAGGGCUUCCUCCCAUCCUUGUUCCUCGUCCACCUCUGCGCCGCAUAGUCCGCAACGUAGACGCGAGAGGCUGAAUCUAAGGAUGAAGAGCCUGAGUCUGGACUCACCGGAGGGUACCGCACAUGUACGGCAUCGUCCGCGCGAUUACUACUCCACCGGUCAAAGGGAGACAACACCGCCCCGACACUCCGACAGCGGCAGUAUCAACAGGCUGUUACGCAGAAUUCAACAACUACGAUAUGAAGCGCCCUGCAGCCCGGGUCAGAGCCACAAUAUGCACAAGCAUGUGAGGAGUGCCAUCAGGAUGUCGAGCAUGGAGCUGCCGGACGAGAACGAGAAGUCGUAUUCGUCGGCGAGCACGUCGCCGUGCCCGUCGCCGCACACGAACAAUCAGAACCACCUGAAUCCGCCUGGCAAACGAGUACUGCCGCCGAACAACCUCUACGUCGUUUUGUACAACUUCGAGGCGCGACACCGAGACGAGCUGGACCUGAAGGCCGGUUAUAAGGUUACAGUGAUCGACAAGUCGGAAAAGGAUUGGUGGAAGGGCAAGUGUCUCGGUGGCCGCGCGGGUUAUUUCCCGAGCGCGUAUGUUAUGCGAGUCGAAUCCGGUCAGAGGACCCUUCAAGUCACGCGCAACCUACAGCUGGCCGAUCAGACCACUCUCUUACGAGACCAGAUCGUCAUCCAAGUCGGCGACGAGGUGGACGGCGUGGCGAUGGUGAGGUGCGCCGCGGACGUACGGUCCGCCGACCACACGGGCAAGGAGGGCGACGUGCUCUACAAGGAGAUCCUCUGCCCCCUCAAGUACCUGCAGGAAGUGUGACAGCAGCCUUACCAAGGCAUACGCGGUAA